CUCGUCACAUCUGUUUUGAUUAGUACAGUCUGUGGCGACCAGGCUCUGCAUUUCCUCAACUGAUACGCACCAGCCAGACGGAAGCAGUCGAUCGCAGAGGCCUCCCCACUGUCUCCCCCCUCUUUGUGUUUAUAUGUGUUUUUUUAUAUCUUUUUUGAGGGAAACUGUCAAGCCUAUCCCAAAGAUCAGGGACCAAAGAGCAAAAAUAAUGUACGCUUUCGUGCGUUUCUUGGAGGACGAUAUGUGCUAUGCGUUACCUGUGUCAGACGUGAAAGAUUUCCAGCCUGUGCACAAAAUAGAUUUUGAUGAUCAGAAGGUGUAUGUGGUGCUGAGAGGCGCAGGCCAGCCUGCCAAAGCACACAUCCUCGCCCUGGCAGAAAGCAUUGAGGAAUUUGAGCACAGUAUUAUGCAAAAGAAGAUGAAAAUACCCAAGAUGUCGAACAGGAACACAGUGGAGAAUCAUUUUGGCGAGGAGAGAGUGCCCCUUAGACAUAAAAAGGUCCAGUCACAGGAACAGCAGAGGGCCAGUUCCAACUCCUCAAAGAGCCUGGCUGCUGUGGUGGCACGGCUGGAGAGGAACGCUGUCAACUCCUGCACUGAGGGAGAGGAGCUGGACAGACUCACAACAGAGGAAGAGGAAGAGCAGGACGAGGCCGUGGUGCCUCGCGUCCUGUAUGAGGAGCUGGUGCACAGCUACAGGCAGCAGGAAGAGGAAAUGAGACGCCUGCAGCAGGAACUGGAGCGCACACGCAGGCAGCUGCUGCAGCAGGCCAAGAAGCUCAAGGAGUACGGCAGUCUGCUGACCGAAGUCAAGGAGCUGCGUGAUUUCAAUCGACGCCUACAGGACGUCCUGCUCAUGAGGCUUGGCAGCGAGCCGAUGCAUGACAAUGGCACACAGACAAUCAAAGCAGAGGUGGUGGAGCCGAUCAGUGAACCACAGGAGGUGUGUCAAGAGGAAGCCAACACUAGCUCCACCCACUCCCCAUCCCCGAGAACCGUCUACACCUUCAAUGAUGGAAAAGUGCACUUGGGUGGAGGGAUUUGGGUGGAGGAGGAGAAGUGGCACCAGCUACAACGGACACAGGGAGACUCAAAAUUCACCAAAAACCUGGCGGUGAUGAUCUGGGGCACAGAAACCCUGAAGAACCGCAGCGUGACUGGCGUCGCUACGAAGAAGAAGAAAGACGCCCUGCCCAAACCACCGCUUUCACCGAGCAAGCUCAAAAUUGUUCGAGAGUGUCUGUACGACCGUGUGUCUCAAGAAACAGCUGACAGUGCAGAGAUCACCCAGCGAUUAUCCAAAGUGAACAAAUACAUCUGCGAAAAGAUCAUGGAUAUCAACAAAUCUAUCAAGAACGAGGAGCGGCGAGAGUCCAAGCUUCUCAUCCAGCAGACGGUGAAGAUGGAGAACUUCCCCUAUGACGGUCUGUAGGGGGCGCUGAAGUUGUCACCAUAGCUCAUUCUACUCCUCAAGGACUUCUGGUGGAGAAGGUGCAUGUAUUCACCGGCGCUGCCAAUUGAGAUUUCCACUGAUGCCCUCCCAAGACCUCUCUGUCUCUUACUCUCGUAGACCCUGUUUUACAGCCUGUAUGACAGUUUUACCUCUCUCCGCACAGCCUUAGCAUGCUGGUGUGCAUUCUGUGAGUGAAUGGGGUGGGUUUUUUUAAGCUUUGACGGGGGAUCUCGGGGUGGGUCGGAUAUUAUGCCUGAUAGACAGGAGCGAUCCUUUAAAUCGUGUGCGAGAAAAAUGUGUUUGGCACAUCAGCUUGUGUUCUGUGUCAGAACAUGUCCUAAUGUACUAAAGAGGUUUCCCUUCAGGAGAAGUCUUCUUGUUUCAGGAGGAUGUUUGCGAGGUGUCAUAAAUGCUGGCUUAGAGUCGGAGUCUUAAGGGGAGGUAGGUCACUUCACAGGGACCAUCUGCUAAAGGUACUUAACAUAAAGAGUUGCACUUUUAAACAGGGUCACACCCUGCGUCGUCUUAAUGAACGAUUGAUUUAAUUAAUCAAUCUAGGCUUAAUUGCUUUCCUGAGAUGACUACUGAUGGUCUGUUGUUGUUCUUGAUGGUUGUUAGGGGUGGAGAGGUCGCAUGUAGUCAUAGCAGCGUGUGUUUGGAGAUAAGCCACAAAAAGUAUACUUGAUGGACUAGCCAUGGGACAGGAGUUAUUGUAUUAUCGGGUCUACAGAGAUGGAGACCACCUAAGACCUUUUACCAGCCGUAAAUUGCACUUGGGACGGAGGGUAAGUGGAAAUCUGAGCUAGGCCUUUUUCCAGCUGGCAAUCAUUGGGAACUGUGUUCUCCGUUUUAUAGCAAGCUGUGAUUGUAAUAUGAGCUGAUAUUGCUUUAACUGCACUUUGGUGUGAGUGUGGAGAGAUGCCAGGCGCCGUGUGCAGACGUGGGGUAAAACUGUCAGCAGUGCUCGGGAGUUACACAUUAGCCUCAUCCUUCUGGUCGCACCAACAGCAGGGUCUCUGCUCCAGCCCACCUGUAGAGGGCGCACUCAUUAGGGGAGGAAAUAAGAUAUCGUGACAACUUACAAUGAGCCAUGCCAUCCACACUUUAGUCCUUUGUCAUCACAAACAGUCUGUGUGGCACUGGCUUGUCGGCGUAACGAUAGAAAAAAGACCCUCUUGCAGAUUUGGGUUCUUGACUGUGAUGCCAUAUCGCUUACUGUGAAUUAACAGAUCACAGAUCUGCCACGCAAAAGCCUCCCUAUUUUUUUAUUUUCUCAUAUUUGUUUUAUUUUGUUGUUUUAAUCAAGUACAUUUAUUAGUGGGGAGAAAAUUUCAGUGUAUAUUUGGAAUAUAUUCUCAUGUUUUUGAACAUGUCAUCGUUUGCAUCCAGGCUGCACCUUAUCUCACUAAGCUUCUGGUUCAAAAGCGAGUCAGACAAUGUUGUAAUUCUGUCUUUAUCUUUGCUGGUUCUUAUAUAGUUUCUAAUCAUUACAGUGUAUAUGUGACAUUUCGCUAUUAACGUAGAUCCUGGGUACUCAUAUUUCUCAAAGAAUGCAGGGCUCUUCACGAAUACAUCAUCUCUAAUGACAGAAACCCAUAUCUUAAAUUGAUACUAUCAUGGAUUUUUUUACCGCAGGUAUCUUGAUGCUUCAAGAACUUCAAUUUAUGAAUUUCACCUCACUGUGAGUCAUUUGUUACGGAAUAUCAUUUCAUUUGGAGUCAUUUCCGUCGAGAGGCAGCCGUCGCCCGCCUUUCCGUUCCGAGGAAGUCAUUGUCCAUCUUCGACAACGUAGCACUUUAAUCCUAAGGAGGAAAAAAAAACGUAUAAAAAUCCAUCAAUGUUGGCUUCUUUGUUGUGAUUUACCCAAGCCAAUUAAAAAAAAAAAAAGAAGUCAACAUAAACAUUUAACAAUGCUUGUGAAAAGACGUUCACGAGAAAUCAUAAAUCAGCUAUCAGUUUUCUGCCACUCAAUAGCAGUUUAGCAGCCAUUUGUUUCUCAUUCUCUCGAGCCUGUGAAAGCGAUUCCUUUUUUCUUUCUUACAGCGACGUACCUCCAAUAUGUCAAGGUAAUUACGGGAGAGAACAGAUUGUACUAAGGUUCUUUUGUUCCACUGAAUGUCUUUCUCUUCUUUUUUUCUGUAGAUAUUUCCUGUAUUGUGUGAUAUGUAUUGCCACACUUAUUGAAUAUUUGAUGUUCCAUAAUGAGCGUACGUACUGUGCGGGUAUACUGGAAAAUGACAGCUUUAGGUGUGCAGAGGUUGAAUGACAGCCAAACUUUAUCAUCGGUCCAUGUGGUCAUACUUUUUAUCUGGAGAUUUGCUAGGGGAAUCGUUGCCUUGAAAAAGACUACAGCAUAAUUUAUUGCUCUUAUGCUUUCUUUCUUUCUUUUUUUUUUGCCUCGCAGCUGCGCCGAGACUAAAUUCGGGCACGGCGGCAUUAAGAUCCGAGGAAAAUUAAAAAUUAAAAGUUUCUUCAGUUGUGAGAUCAAACACGUGAAUCCCAUCAGGGAAAAUCCGACUUUUAAAUACAAUCAUGUACAGUAUUUAUAGGCUAAAAGGCUACAAAAGCGAAGCAGUAGCCUCGCGGAGGCUGUGUUUUUCUCUUCUGGGAGACUGUGGUGAGGCUGGUGCCUAUGCUUUCAGUGGUUGUGUAAUAGCAGUGCUUAGCUUUGAGCUGGUCUGUGCCACCUCUGGAAAAUGGCAAGUCCCGGUGCAAAGCACGUGAGGGAUCAACAUUUUGUUCUCGGCGUAUUGUCCAGGAGACGUUUUGUCAUGUCAAAUGAGUUUCGUCCAAUCUGAAUUUGUGUUUGUGUCGUUCUGUUAAAAAUAAGCCAAAUUCUCAGCAACGGACAGUUUGUGAUCAGUCUUAUGAAUAUGAACUUGCACAAAAACGGGCCCUGCUAAGGUUGUCCACAGUUAUCUAAGCUAAACCAACAAGAAAGUAACAGCCGGAAUAUAUUUUUCCUAUCUCCGUUGUCUGAUUUAUGUUGUUUUCUGUUUUGUAUCAAAAGAGCAUUAAGCUUUAGAUAAUGGAUAUGGCUGUAUUGUUCAAUUUGAAAAAUCUUAAAUCAUUUGUUUUUGUUUUUUUGUUCCUUUAUGAUGCCAAAAAAAGUAAUAUGCGGACGUUCUUGGGGGAAAAAAUAGUUAGUAUUGCUUUGGCCUGUUUCACUAACCUACAUUCUGAGAUUGUCAAUCAAAUGCUGAGGACCUGCCCACAUGCCACAGCAAUUCCCAAAACUGCCCAGUAUUCCGCUAUAGCAAGAACGGCAACUUCCUGUUGCGCUCACACUUUUUUCAUGCUCACGAUUACAAUAAAGGACCCUACUCAGAGUCAGUCUUAUUUAACAACCAAUAUUCUCAGCUCUACUAGUGAAAGAAAUUUAUUUUUGAUAAAACACAAGUUCAGGUUAUUCUUAGUCUGAAAACAAGCAUGUAGAGUCACAGUCCUACCUCAUUGCUGCUCAUCGUCUGUGUUCCUAAGACAGUCUCGCCACCCUCGUACCUCGUUCAGAGAUAUAUAUCAGUCUGUAUGGUAUAGAUUCAUGUCAGAUGUCGUAUUUUACUCCCUUAACAACUGUGUUAAUGUUUCUGUGGCAGUAGAUGGCGUUUACUUGCAGUAAUUACAUUUUUAUCCCAUUGAUGGUGCUACAGCAGGCAUGGGUUGUCUAAUCUGUGUCACUUACCUCAGAUGGUGCUAAUUUUUCUACUUUUCUGGAGGUCGUUCCGCUUUGCAUGAAUUAAACUGGUUAAUGUUCAUUUUAUAGCAGCAGGAAUUUUGGGAUAAAAAUAAAGCAUCAGAUUAAAGAAUCUUAGGAAUUGCAUCCGGCAUGUCGUAAAAAUUUAGUUUUUCAUAUUUCGAGUAAGACAUACCUCUCUAACAAAUUACCUCACGUACUCCGUUCCAAAUUAACAGACUAUUAAAACCGUGCACGCAGGAUCUUUCCGUGGCCAUAUAACCUUGUCUUUAUUGUACAAUACAAACCUGAUGCUGGAGUAAGAAACCUGAUAAUCCAAACCAUCUACCUAAAUAUUACUGGGCAGUUGACUCACACAGCAAUGUGGUCCUCAGCAGUUAAUGUGAAAGUCAAUCCCACUGUAGAAAUACAGUGCAGCUAACAUGGUAGUCUUACAUUUGGUGGUGGUGGGGAUGAUAUUUUGCAGUACGUUAACUGUAGGGUGUUUUCUUAACUUACCAAAGUGGUUCCCUCCCAAAGAAACUCUUUGUUGUUGUCAUUAAGAACUGUUUGGGAACAAAGCCUCCAAUUUGCAUUUCAGUUCAGCGAAAGCGGUCUCAGAAAUACGGGUGUGUUGAGCGCCUGACGCUCAGCAGAACGUAAAUUAGUCUGUCUACGAAAAUACAAUCAGUCGCAUGUUUCCAUGACAUUUUUUAUUAAUACAGACAGUUGAUUCAUUUAGAGUGUUUAACGUGACAACUGAAGGCAAACUGUGGGAUUUUGUUAGCGAACACUUUCCUGUCAAGACGUUUUUGAUGAUUGUGUGUCAUGUGAAGCGAAUAUGUCAUGGGCUUCAUGAACUGACCUCAAGACCAGAGAGUGAGUUCGGGAAUUGAUCGUAUUGCAUUUAAAUCUGAACAUUUUGCAUUUUCAUUUAACUUUUUGUGUCUUUAU